AUUGUUUACAUAAUUUUUUUAUGAUAUUUCAUAUUUUACAAUAAAGGUGCAUUAUUCCAGAGAUAAAAAUUUCGCACAUUACAUAUCGACUAUAUGUGCGUAAGUAGACAUUUGAGAUUAGUACCCUACACAUCGUCCAUAUGUAGCGUCUUAACUAAAUACUAAAAAAAAAUGUGGAUUUAUGAGAGAAACUAUUCUUUAAGCGAGUUCUGCUAUUAAGAAUUUCUUAACCGCCUUGAAGUAGGAAAGUAAUAAUCAUCAUGUCUCGUCAUGAAUAUAAGGCAAAUGAUAAUAUAUUAUUGGAUCAAAAUGAUGACUUACUUCUCAAAAUGGAAAAGUAUGUUAAAUGUCCGCGAUGUAAAAAUUAUCUUCGAUUUUACCGCCGCAAGAGAUUAACACUUGAGAAACGAGAAUGCAAGCAUGUGUGCGAUCACUGCUUAAAUGAAUAUUUAUUUCGUAAGCCAAGUAGCACACGUGAAAAAGAUAGGAAAGGUAUAGGUAGGGAAUAUUCACCAUUUAAAUAUAAUAAAAAAAAGGUGAAACUGUGGCUUUCAAGAAUAAUAGAUUUAUUAGAGAGUAAUUUAAUACUUUACAAAACUGCAAACUUAUCAAAACAAGCAGAAAAAAAGGGAUUGCUAUGUGAAUCCCGAUAUAGAUCUUACAAAUUCCAUGAACCGGUGUUGGAUCAAAUGUUUAGUUUUUCAAGGAACCACGCGCAAAUUAACGAAAGUUCAGAGGUUGUGAAUGAACCACAAGGUGUAAGAUAUGAUAUUGAGGGGCACGAAGAAACAUACAACAAAAUAAAAUUAGUGAAAGGUUUAGAUGAUAUUGGCUCAAUCGAUACUUUUCAUGAUGAUAUAACGAUUUCAUCUACUGAUAGUCGUUUAAACCAUCCUUUUAUGUUACAAGAAAAGUUACACGUAUUAAAAAAGGUUAUUCUUGAAGACAAUAACGAAACGAAAAAAAAAUAUGGUGAUAAAUCUAGAAGAGUCGCCACAGCUAAAAGACGUAAUGUUAAUAAACGCGUAGAUGUUCGGGAAUUGUCUUUUGAAACACAUAUGGAAAACGAUAGACAAAAGUUUUCUGUAACUUCUUUGAAGCGGUUUAACUCUUUAGAAUCUCUGGUAACUUCAAUAUCAGGUUUCACGGAAAAAACUUUAGAACACAAUUUCAGUUACUUUUUUCCUAAAGAUGAACAAGAUAAGCACCCUAUUAGACGGCAUAAAAGCUCUUCCGAAAUAAUUAAAGAUACAAUAGAUAUGUUAAGUGAGCGGGCGGAGUUGGAAAGAAAAAAAAGGGACGAAAUACGAAAGAAAAAACUUCAAGAAGAGCAAAAAUCUAAAUUAGCUCGUAUUGAAAAGUUAAAGCAAAAUGCUGAACUAGAAAAUCAAACUAAUAUAGAAGAAAAAAAAGACGUAACUUUUAGCACAAAAGGCAACGAUAAAACAGAAAAAUCAAGCACCAAAUCGUUAAAAGAUACAAAAUCAAAGUUACACAAAGCUGUUAAGGAUAUUAAGUUAGAGUUUAAAAAAGAACGUGUCAAAUUAGAAAAAGAAGUUAUUAAAGAAAAUAAAGUGGAGCGACCUCUUAAAGAUAAAUCGAUAAAGGAAACGGAUAAAUCUCCCAAGGAAGAUUUGAAAAAAGACAAACCAUUACAAAAUGAAUUAAAAAAAAGUAGAGACAAAUCUCCAAAAGAAGUUUUGGACAAAGAAGCACAACUUUCAAAUAAGGAGCAAAAAUUAAAAGCAAAAGAAGAAAAAGAAAAACUUUUAAAAAUAGAAAAAGAAAAAAAGAUGCAAGAACGCGCUGAGAAGGAAGAAAAACUGAAAAAUGAAAAAGAAGAAAAAGAAAGACUUAAAAAAGAAAAAGCCGAACAAUCUCUAAAAGAGAAAGAGCGAAUUCAGAAAGAAAAAAGUCAAAAGCCGUCUGACCAUCAAGUUAAAGGUAUUGAUCCAAAAGAAAAGCACGCGAAAGGUGAAAAGGUUAUAGAAAAAAAAAAUUCAGAAAAAGGUAAUAGUGGCAAGAGAUUGCAAGAUAACAUUGAAAAAAAAUUAAAAGAAGAGGCAUAUUCAAAAAUGGUUAUAGAUUCUCAAUCAAAACCUGAAACUGAUGAAAAAAGUAGCGUGUCUAAGCCCAAAAAAGAGGAGGUGACAACAUUUAAGGAAUUAAAUAUUAGCCAAGUGAAAUUGAGAAAACAUUCACAGGACAGUUUAAUUUUGCAACUUGUUAAAUUAAAACAGUCUGAAAGAAAGGAACCUCGGGCGAGACCACAACGCUUAUCAGAAAUAAAUGUAUCCCCUAUCAUACGUCGGGCACAUAAAGACCAUAACAAUAUCCACGACUCGUGCAUUCUUUGCCGCGAUUCUGAUUUAGAACUUGAUGUCGAUAAUAUUUUAUUCGGUGAACAAAAAUCAAGUGAACCAACGGAUCUGAUAAUGGGUCGAAAAAUUAUUAAACUUAAAGAGUCUCCGAGGAUUAAUAAAAAAGAGACCAAAAAUAUUACCACAUUUGAGCCUUUAAUGUUUCAAUCUACUUUUAUUGAAGAAGAUUCUCUGACGAAGUCGGAUAUAAGUACCUUAGUGAAAAGUAAACCUCCACCUGUGUCCAAGCGAAUUGACCCGGAGGCUGCCAAAGGUGUAAUAAGAUACGCUCUGUCGGACCGCUCCUUUAUCGACAAAGGUUGGACGAUGUUACCCACUGAGAAAGUGGUCCGAAAAAUGAACGUAUAUCGUAUGAGACCAGCACAUCCUGAGUUCGAUUGGUUUGAACAUAACAAAAAUAAAAAAUUGAUGCAUUACGAUACAGGUGAAAAACUAGCUGAGUUUGAUGAUGAUGGAAAAGGUAGAUGGUUUUAUCGGAAUGGCAGAUUAGCUCUCGAUUAUUACGAUGCAGAAGAAACAAACGCUCAACAACGAUUUGUUAUCUACAGCAACGGCGAGCCUGACGAGCGUGGCCGUCCUCGGCCUUUCACGAUUCUCGCUACAUUUGAUUAUUUAGGCUCAAAUAUAACCAAACGGAAGGAGUUAUUUUAGAUAAAAGUAUUGGGCCUGUAUCACAUUGGAAAUGGCAUACAUUAAAUGACCCACCUGUACUUCAACAAGUUAUGAUUGACACCCAGAUGGCGCAUAAGGACCCGGGGAUACUAAAACUGGGAGGCCAUGGGGAUGAAAA